GUCAUCUCAAUGUAGAUUGGGAGGUGCCUCCCUUGGGGAUUUUGAUAGGAGUAAUUAUCAAAGAUAAAUUCCUUGGGCAAUUAUUUUCGGAAGAAAAAAUGACUCGUCCCACCCUUGCAUAGUGCGUCACAUCCUCCAAACAGGUGAACUGGUUUACACUGGCAACUGUACCGUCCUUCUCUUUCCCCAUCAGGCUCAACGGAGGCUGCUGCUCGGUGCUAUAAUGUCGCUGACAGUGUAAGCUGCAUUCAGAUAGAGAUUGAGCAGAGAAACAAGGAGACAGCAUCAAUUAGCAAGGAUGUACAUUUUUUAAGUGAGAGUCCUGCCGUGAACACUACAAGCAGCAUUUUGAAAACAGCCACAAGAGUGGAUUGCAGAGCGAAUGUGUGGAUGGAAACUGAUUCUGCUGCAGGUUAGACUGAAAUAAAAACGCUGCAAGCCUCAUUCAUCUCCCUCCGAGAGCAGAUCCUGCCAACGUGUGCUCAAGUCUAAUGAGCCUGCAGUGCAAUUUCAGCACCUCGAAUCGAUGUAAUGCAAAUGGUGCAAACAAUGGGGUUAUCAUCAUCCCAGUGAUCCUUGGCUUCUCAUCUGUGGUUCUGAUCAUUAUCAUCAUCUGGAAAACGUGCAAGAUGAAAAAACAGAGGGACCGUGCUCCAGUCAUACUGCUGCAAGAUAAACCUAAUCCUGCGAAGCGGUUGGAGAAUGAAUACGAAUCAAUGACAUUUGCAACAGAACGGAUUCUGGCAGCCAGGGAUCCCUCUCUCAACCGUUGGGAGAUCCCACCAGAAAACCUGACUGGGAAUUUGGAAUAUAUGCAGAGUGGGAGUUAUGGACCAAUAUACAAGGCCAAUAUCCUUCCCUUAGAUGGGUCUGGAGAAGUGAAAGCUGUAUUCAAAUCUCUCCAUGACAAUGCAAAUGCAAGGGAGAUUUUGGAAUACUUGGACUUCGUGAAAUUCCACAUGAAAGUUUGUAACCAUGAUUCCAUUGUGAAACUGCUGGGCUGUCGGACAGAGCGACUACCUCUCUACAUCUUUCUGGAGUAUGUGAGCGGGGGAUGUCUUUUGCAUUCAUUGUGGCAAUUACGUGAGACUGCAGCUAGAUCUGGGGAAGUGGUGCUGAACCUCACAGAGCAAAGUAUGUACAGCAUUGCAAAGCAAGUAGCAUGUGGAUUGGAUUAUCUGACCACAAAGCACAAAGUAAUCCAUGGGGAUAUUGCUGCUCGGAAUAUUUUGAUCCAUGAAGAUCUAACUGUUAAACUCACCGGCCUGAGCCUGGCCUUUGAUGUUUACAAAACUGGAACGCUGUCGUCCCAUAAAGCAGCACAGGUUCCAAUUAAAUGGCUUGCACCUGAAAGGAUAAUAAAACGACCAAUCACAGAAAAGAGUGACACAUGGUCAUUUGGAAUCCUUCUGUAUGAAGUAGUUACUCUAGGAGCACCUCCGUAUCCUGACUUUCAGCCUCUAGAAAUCUUUCCAAAGUUGCAGAGAAAUUACAGAAUGCCCAAACCGUUCAACAGUAGCAAUGCACUAUAUGAUUUGAUGAAACAGUGCUGGCAGUGGAAACCCUAUGAAAGGCCAAACUGGGCUGAUUUGACUAACAAACUGGAGGCCUUGAUGAACAAUGCUGAUGGAGUUAAGUUGCUUCAAGUAGCUGAUGAUCUGGACCUUAACCAGUACAAACAAGCCGCUGGGGUUUUCUGAUGAGGAGCAUGACAAAGACUGCAACGCUGUGGACAAAUAGUCAACAGAGAUGUGUGAAAGGAAAUGUUCAAUUGAAGGCCACAAUGAGCAAUAAGCUGAACAGCAGAAUUCUUGCCUCGCUGGAGAAAAUGGGAAUUGUAAACUUGGUGAAAGCUGUGAAUACACGUUGACUGAAUGCUAUUAUAUGAUCAAAGACUUUAAGGUACUACCAUCAGCUGAGGUAACUAAGCAACAGAAAGUUGCUGUGCUGCCCAGUGAAUUUCCUGCGUGCGCUGAACCUUCAAUUUAAUAUGGAACCAGUUCUUUUCCAAAAGCAGCUUGAAUGAUCUUUGGCAACAGCAGAGAGUAGAAUGUUCUAGAAGACAUGAUGACUAUCAGGGCAGUAUAACAAUUGCCAGAAAUUAAGAAUAGUUCAGGAUGUAACCAAUAAAUGCUAUCUCCAAAGUCCUGGGGUAAUGGUCAACAAUGGGCAGAGUCCAAAGCUAAAAGUCAGUUAAUGCAAAGGUUUGAUUUUAAAGCACUGCCUGUACUUAUGUCAAUCUGCUCAAUCUCAAUAGCAUGUAUUCUCUAAACAAGUUCAAACUGAGGGAGGGGAGUGUUUUCCUUAAGACUUCUCCCACCCCAUGUGUGACUUUCCACAAAUCCUCCACUGAAAGAUGAGAUGCUAUGAAAGUUGUUUUGUAUUGUUUAUAAACAACAUGACACACUGGGGUGGGGGCGGGGGCGGG